AUGAGCUCCUUAGAACGAUUCAUCCGGGCUAAUGAUAAGCUAGUUAAUUUCGAACAGGGAUUAACUGAGGCAAAUAUUUCCGAAUCAUCUAUUUUCGCUCUAGAGAUACACCGCGAUGAGCUUAAAUCAAUUUGGGCAACUGUCAAAAGCCUUUAUGACAAAUGUAUAGAUCAUUUCGACAGUCAGAGCAAAAAGCCAUCCGGAGAAGCCAAUGAUGAUGGGAAUAACUCCCCUGAAUCAGAUUCUGAUAGCGAAGGCUCUGACCUAGACAGCAUAAAUGCAAGAUUUCACGCUUCUUAUGAAACCUACGUCAGAAUUGUUUCAAAACUUAGUGCCCAUAUUCAUAGACGAACAAAUGUAACUCCCACUCAGCAAGCAUCCGUCCAGCCUUCUAAUUUUCACCUUCCAGCUUGCGAUACGGAAUCUUUCCGUGGAGAUUACCAAUCCUGGCCUUCGUUUCGAGACAUGUUCUCUGCCAUAUACGUGAAUAACUCCAGUCUUUCCAAGGUUCAAAAAUUGUUUCAUUUGAGGAAGAAGACAGAGGGAGAGGCACAUGACAUUGUCAAAAAAUGUCCCCUGACAAACAACGGCUUUGACAUCGCAUGGUCGAAUCUUAAAGAUAGAUUCGAAAACAAAAGAAUGUUAGUCCAUAGUCAGCUUCGAAUUCUAUUUAAUUUGUCCACGAUUACUACGGAGUCAAGUGAAGAUAUUAAAUGCCUUCAACGCGACAUCAACUCCUGCAUUUCGUCCUUGAAAUUAUAUGAUAUUGACGUCUCAAGCUGGGACGCAAUUUUUGUUUUUGUCUGCUCUACGAAACUUCCUCGUGUUACUCUUUCUCUGUGGGAGCAAUCCAUUAAAAACAAGAAAGAUAUUUCAAAAUGGACAGAUUUAGAUUCGUUUUUGUCAAGCAGAUACCAGACGUUGGAGACAAUUUGUGAAAUAAACGGUCCCUUCAAUGCAGAUAAGACGAAUUCAAGCUGUAAGAAACAGGCAACGCCCUUGAAUAAGAAAAUUAAUAGCAACCAUGCGAAGGUUUCUCCCCCCACUUCAAAUCCACCAUGCAAUUUAUGUGCAAAUGAGCCUCAUACAAUCCGCAAAUGCCCUAAGUUUCUUAACAUGAAAAUAGAUGAUAGACAAUCUUGUAUCCGAAGAUUGAAUUUAUGUCUCAAUUGUUUCGCAAAAGCCCAUAGCGUAAAGGACUGCAAAAGUCCUCACAACUGCUACUCGUGUGGAAAGAGGCAUAAUACUCUCCUGCAUCGUGACGUUAAGCCUGUUCACGAUACGAAUCCUGCCUCAAGUCACUCCCAAAUUCAAAAUUCUGAACUCCAACAGAUACAGUCCACAAUCCCCCAAUCUUCCGUUCAUCACGCAAGCCUCGAACAGGUAUCUUUCCCGCCUUUUUCGUCCUCUGCAAGUAACAUCCAAUCAUGUUUCGCUGCACAUUCUCAAAAUGUUCUUCUCGGCACUGCGCUGGUUGAAAUCAGUCAUCUCGGACUGAAAUAUUUUGUGAGAGCCCUGAUAGACUCAGGUUCACAAGGAACGUUCAUAUCUGAACGUGUCUUCAAUAUCCUCAAACUGCCUUUCCAACCAAUCGAGGCCGACAUUGCGGGUCUCAAUGGUGUCACGUCAGCAAAAUCCAGAAAAAUGGCAACAUUUUCUAUAAGCCCUCGUUUUGACUCCGACUUGCAUGUCAAUGUAACAGCUUUGGUCGUGCCGCAACUUUCAGGAGAUCUUCCAACAAGUUCCAUUAAUCCUUCGGUUCUUGUAGAAUUUCCGAACAUUCGGCUUGCUGAUCCAAAGUUUCUUGAAAGUAGCCGAAUCGAUCUGCUUAUUGGCGCGGACAUAUUCAAUAAUAUUCUUUUGGACAAUGUUCGUCGAAACAUUUGCGGCUCUCUUGUCGCUCAAGAGACAAUAUUCGGAUGGAUAAUUACAGGACCUAUCCGGAAUAAUCCUAAAGUAUCAUCCUAUUCUACUAUAGUUUCCUACUUUUCAGAAACGAAUUUAGAAAAACAGCUAAAGCGUUUUUGGGAGGUGGAGGAAGUUCCGCAAAAGCCUCUACUCUCCGAAUCCGAUUCAUUUUGCGAGAAAUUAUAUUCGGAAACAACCAAACGUGACUCUGAUGGGAGAUAUAUAGUGUCUCUGCCGUUCAAGGAAUCCUUUUCAUAUAACUCUCCACAGAUAGGACGAUCCAGGUCCAUAGCUAGUGCUCAAUUCUUGAGAAAUGAGUCUCGACUAUCCAAAAACAUGUCGUUAAAAGACGAAUAUGAUUCUGUCAUCCAGGAAUAUUUAGACCUAGGCCAUAUGGCCAAGGUUCCUAUUCCUGUUGAGGAAGAGUUUCCAAGGCACUAUUACCUCCCCCACCAUGCGGUGAUAAAACCCGAUAGAACCACUACCAAAGUCAGAGUGGUCUUCAAUGCCUCAUGUCCAACAUCCUCGGGAACAUCACUUAAUGACAUUCUCUAUCCAGGCCCAGUACUUCAGAAUGACUUGACUCUUCUUCUUUUGCGCUGGCGUCUCUAUCGCUAUGUUUUCAGUGCCGACAUCGAAAAGAUGUAUCGGCAAAUAAGGAUUAAUAAAGAUCAUUCUUGUUUCCAGAGAAUUCUGUUUCGAACAAAGCCAAAGGAACAGAUUCAAGAUUUCGAACUGCAAACCGUAACCUUUGGUGUAAAUGCAGCUCCAUAUUUGGCUAUUAGAACUCUAAUGCAGCUCGCAGAAGACUGCAGCAGUUUUUAUCCUUUGGCAAGCCACAUUAUUCGAGACGACAUGUACGUGGACGAUGUUUUAACUGGUUGCCACGAUCUCCAAUUGGCUUUAAAGGCUAAAGAUCAAUUGAUCUCAGCCCUUAAUUCCGCAUGUUUUCCACUUAGAAAAUGGGCAUCCAAUUCUAAGGAGAUUCUCCAGUCCUUACCCAAAGAGCACAUCUUGAAGGAAGAUUUCCUUCUUUUCGAUGACAGCAGCCUAACCAAGACUUUAGGUGUGCGGUGGAAUGCCAUGUUAGAUAAGUUCUUAUUCGUAAUUCAGGCAACGCCAUGUAAGGAGAGUUACACGAAAAGAGAGGUGCUUUCCGAAAUAUCUAAGAUUUUCGAUCCAGCUGGAUGGCUAGCACCCAUAGUCGUCCUAGCGAAAAUUCUUAUGCGACAUGUGUGGUUAUCCAAGGUUGAUUGGGAUGAGAAAAUUACUUCCAAAUGUUUCCAAGAUUGGAAAAAUCUUCUAGAUGACUUCUCAACUAUCAACUCAAUCCAAAUCCCACGUUGGAUUUCCUACGCACCCUCAUUUCGUAUCCAAUUUCACGCAUUUUGCGAUGCAUCGGAAAAUGCAUAUGCAGCAGUCAUUUACUCCCGUGUGGAGGAUGAAAGCAGACAUGUUUCUGUAAAUUUGCUAACAUCCAAAUCCAGGGUAGCACCAGUCAAAUGCCUUUCCAUUCCUAAACUUGAACUCCUUGGGGCUACCUUGCUCGCAGAAGUUGUCGGGUCAGUAAUUCCUUCAAUGAAUCUUCCAAGUUAUGAAAUAUUCAAAUGGACUGAUUCAACUAUUGUUUUGGCUUGGCUGCGAAAGCCCGCAUGCAACUGGAAAACUUUUGUUGCAAACCGCGUAUCCACCAUAAGCAGCAAGGUAGGAAUUGACAAUUGGUUCCAUGUUGAUACCCUAUUCAAUCCAGCGGACUUAGCUAGCCGCGGAGUUUAUCCCAAAGAUUUAAUUGAAAAUAAUCUCUGGUGGUGCGGACCUAAGUGGCUGUCCGAAUCUCGAAACAGUUGGCCUAUAUCAGACGAUAUCAUAGACGAUACUGAAUUGGAACAGAAAGCCCUACGAGUACAUCUUGCUACCAACUCCGAUAAUCACGAAAUUAUAGGUCGCUUUUCUUCUUUUCAUCGGGCUAUUCGAGUCAUUUGUUAUAUAUUCCGAUUCUUUCACAAGACUCAUCCAAAGCACCGCGAUUCAGUCACAUUCGAUUCUGUCGAGUUAAAGGUUACAGAAGUAAAGGCAGUUAGAAAUAGAUUAAUAGUUCUAGCUCAAGCGGAAGGAUUUCCAGAGGUGGUUGAAGCUUUACGACUAAAGAAAGCUGUCCCAAAGUCUUCUAACAUUCUUAACUUAAAUCCAUUUCUGGAUGAGAAUGGAGUUAUUCGCGCGUUUGGUCGACUCGCGUAUUCGCCAUCCCUUAGCUACGAUGAACGCGCACCCCAUAUGGGUGGCCUAUGGGAAGCCGGGGUGAAAAGUUUUAAGACCCAUUUGAAGAAAAUUUCUGGCGGUUUCACCUACACCUUCGAAGAAUUUUGUACUCUUCUGACAAAAAUAGAAGCUUGUCUUAAUUCGAGGCCUAUUUCCACAAUGUCAGAGGAUUUCACUGACUUAAAUCCGCUCACACCAGGACAUUUUCUCAUAGGAGGACCAAUUUUGGCUCCUCCAGAGCCUAAUUACGACACUCAUCCUGAGUCUGUGGUUAAUCGUUGGCAACGUGUCAAGGUCCUUCAGCAACAUUUUUGCCAACGUUGGAAAUCCGAGUAUUUAAAGGAGCUCCAUAAGAGGAACAAAUGGAAAAAUCCAGAAAAGAACGUAGAAAUUGAUUCCAUUGUCGUUAUCCGCGACGAAAAUCUUCCACCAAACGAAUGGCGAAUUGGUCGAGUUACUCAUGUUCAUCCAGGAAAAGAUAAGCGUGUACGAGUAGCCUCCGUUUACACAUCAAAGGGUGUGAUUACUCGUCCAAUUACAAAACUCGUUCUACUUCCCACCCAAUAG